GACGUCAGCGCCUUCCGAUAUCAACAGGCCGUACCUUCCCUAACUGCGACGAAGCCGCAGGCAUGCCACGGAAACCGAAAGUUAAACUCGACCCUCACCUCAACUUCCCAGUCUUCUACUUGUUCUCUUUUCUUCCUCGUCCACCUCUGCGUUGAAGUUAUCUCUCCUCUCUCCACCAGCUACCCUUCCAACGUCUACACCCACUACCUUAUCAUGAAGAUGCAUUCUAACACACCAUUUGAAAGCCUGUCCGAUUAUCCACGCCAAUCCAAAGGCCUUCAAUUCUCCCACCGAAGUGAGUUCCCUGUCACAGAAUUCUUAAUCACCCUGAGAUAC